GGAAGAUCCGGGGCUGGCUGCCAGAGAGGCAUUGCUGAGUGUAAACACUGCAAGGCAUCUCAGAAUGCCCUUAUCAUAGGGAGCCCAAAAGCAUUUGUACUCUGGGGCUCUGCAGCCAGGAACAGUCUUGCCAGUAGAGAGUGUUUAUUGUCAAAUUUUAGUACAAAGGAAACUACAGACAAGCUGACCAAAAAGACUGGAAUUUCAUCUCUCUCCCUCUCUCUCUCUCUCUCUCUCUCCCUCCCUCCCUCUGUCGCCCACUCAUUGGAUUUCUUUCUCUGCCAGCCUUUUUAAACCAGAGACUACCAGGUCAGUGACAUUCAUUAUUCCUUUCAUUUUAGUAUGAUCUUGUGUUCAGCCUCCUGGACUAAUAUUGCUUCCUGAUUAAUAAACCUGAGAAGUACUCUGAGAACAAAUUUAUCAUUUUGUCUGGCUUGACCAAUGAAUUUUAGAAAAACCCAAGGAUGAUUUGAAAGGUCUCUGUUGAAAUUUCAGUCAAGGGAUGCAUCUUAAUAGAAAAUGUGGUACAUUUUAUCCUGUGACUAACGUUUUGGUCCGUCAUUGUAUGGUGUAAAUCUUCUGGUGGAAGAAGAGAAGACCACUCUCAUCAAGAACAUUUUCACUAGUGGGAAAGAGCUGAUCUACCCUCAUAACAUGAAGUCAUUUGAGAAAACCUGGUUGUUGCCACUGUUGGCUGUUCUCCUAAGAGUUGUCUGCUCCUCCUUUAUUAGCGUCAACCUCGGCAUGAAAGUGAUGAAGGGACAGUCUGUCUUUCUUUCAGAAGAUGACCUCAAGUUCUCCAUCCCCAGAGAGAAGGAUUUGUGCAAAGUUGAAGUUGUGAUAAAUGAGCCAAUAACACAGAGGGUUGGGAAGCUAACUCCACAGGUUUUUGAUUGCCACUUCCUUCCUAAUGAAGUUAAAUAUACCCACAAUGGUUGUCCACUUUUAGAUGAAGACAUGGUCAUGCUCAGGCUGUACAGGUUUACAGAAACCGAAACGUUUGUAGAAACAUUCACUCUCCACGUGCAGUUACUUGAGCCAGACUGUAACAUCAUCAAAAUGCGCUCCCAAGCCUUGGAGGUGCCUGAGUACUACGGUCUGUCCAGGGCAAUUGACAAGAAUGUCCUCACUUUUGACUACGACAGGAAGAUAAAUCUGGAAUGUACCAUUUCCAUAGCCUCUUCGGAAACCCACCUACCUGCCCAUGGCCAGCUCAUCGUGGGGGACGUGCAGCAGGAACAGCUUCGUGGGGAUCAGCCACAGAGCUUCUUCCCUGGCCCUAAGCACAGUCCAGGCCAGCAGUGCAGAAAUGGGAGCUGUACACUGGGAGUGGGAGUCAUCUACAACACAAAAAUGAGCUGUGAAGAGUUUCUGAGGAUGGGGAUUCGGUAUCAGCACCUUGACCCUCCCUCACCAGACACUGAUUAUAUUCCUGUGAGGCUGGAUCUCAUAGACAGCAGAAGCAAAACUCUGCACAAGACUGAAUAUGCAUGGCUCCAUGUUCAGAUUAAAGGUGCUAUUCCCAAUCAAAUUCCCAAACCUUCUCUGGGGGCAAAGUUCUUCCUGGAAGUAGACCAGUUUAUUUUAACCUUCAUUACAACCACAACAGUUGAUGCUGAAGACAGUGAAACUCCAAAGUCCCUGCUUGUGUUCAACAUUACCAAGCCACCUCUGCAGGGCUUCAUCACUCAUUUAUCAGACCACACAAAACCUGUUGGCUCCUUCACUUGGAAAGAUCUCAGUGAAAUGCUCAUUGCUUAUCAGCCUCCAAAUAACAGCCACACAGAGAGGAGGAGUUAUGAGCUAGAGGUUGAGGUUCAUGACUUCUACUUUGAAAGGAGUUUACCAAUCACAGUGCAUCUUUCUAUCAGAACAGCAGAUACAAAUGCUCCCCGGGUUUCAUGGAAUACAGGCCUCAACCUCCUGGAAGGACAAUCCCGACCAAUCACAUGGCAACACUUCCAAAUUGUAGACAAUGAUGACAUCCAAAAUGUUCGCUUGGUGACAGUUGACGGCUUACAGCAUGGGCGGCUCACAGUGAGAGGAGGGAAAGGAUUCAUGUUCACAGUCUCUGACAUUCAGGCUGGAGUUGUUUACUACCAUCAUGAUGACAGUGAUUCUACUAAGGAUUUUGUAGUGUUUAGGAUUUUUGAUGGCUCCCACAGUAUUCGCCAUAAAUUUCCAAUCAAUAUCCUUCCUAAAGAUGACAGCCCUCCAUUUCUGAUCAGCAAUGUAAUAAUUGAGGUUCACGAGGGACAGAUGAUCCUGAUCCAGGGCUCCAUGCUUCAAGCUUCUGACAUGGAUUCCAGUGAUGACUACAUAGUGUUCAACAUUACCAAGCCACCCCAGGCUGGAGAAAUCAUGAAGAAACCAGGGCCAAACUUAAUAGGAUAUCCUGUCAGCAGUUUUCUUCAGAGGGAUCUGUUUAAUGGAAUAAUUUAUUAUCAUCAUUUGGGAGGAGAAGUAUUUGAAGACUCCCUUGAGUUUGUGCUGUGUGAUAGCCACGACCCUCCCAAUCUCUCGGAGCCACAGGUGAUGAUGGUGCAAAUUAUCCCUGUGGAUGAUCAGCUACCGAGAGAAGCCCCGGGAGUGACCCGUCACCUUGUUGUUAAGGAGACUGAGAUUGCUCACCUCACUAAGAAACAUCUUCACUUCAUAGACAUGGAAGAGCAAGACAGGGAACUCACAUACACCAUAACCACUUCCCCAUUUUUCUCUUGCACCCAUGGGCACUCCGAUGCUGGGAAGCUGUUUAUGGUGGACACCAUCCCCAAACUGGUCAAGGAUCCUGCUGUUCUUGCACUGAGGUCAUUUACUCAGCAUGCUGUCAACUACAUGAAAGUUGCUUAUAUGCCUCCACUUCAGGACAUUGGUCCUGAACCUCAGCAAGUGCAGUUUGUUUUUUCUGUCAGCAAUCAGCACGGUGGCACUUUAUAUGGGAUCUGCUUCAAUAUUACAAUUCUUCCUGUGGACAACCAAGCCCCAGAGGUUUUUACAAGCCACUUGACAGUGGAAGAGGGUGGCCUGAGCCCUGUCACAGAGGGACACAUUCUCAUCUCUGAUGUGGACACAAAACAAGAACAUCUCUUCCUCCUCCUGCAGCGACAGCCUCAGCACGGGGUGGUGGAGCUGGAUAGUGUUCCCAUGAGUGAAGGUGACAGGUUUUCCUGUGGGGACCUGCGUACCCUGGCAGUCAGGUAUUGGCAUGAUGGCUCUGAGACAUUUACUGAUGAAAUCCUCUUUGUAGCCACAGAUGGCAUCCACUCUGUAGAGUUCAUCCUACAUGUCAAGGUGUUGCCUGUGAAUGAUGAGCCACCCGUUUUGCAAACAGGCCUCAUCCCUGUGGUACACUGCCAAGAAGGUGAAGAAGUGGUCCUCUCCUCCAAGUACAUUUAUGCCACAGAUGCAGACAGUGAUGACAUGAGACUGAUGUUUAUGCUGGUUCGCCAGCCCUACCAUGGGGUGGUGAGGAAAGCUGGCAUCGCUAUGGAGCGUUUCUCCCAGGCUGAUGUCAUCUCUGGUUUAGUCACAUAUAAACAUACUGGUGGGGAGAUUGGCCUGACUCCUUCCUUUGAGAUCUUAACCUUUAUUAUUUCUGAUGGUGAAGCUGGCCCAGAUGUGAAAGACUGCUGUUAUGAUAGACCUCUUCCUCCUCCAGUUCCACUCCACGAUCCAUUCCCAGUGUAUGACCUUAACAUCACUAUACUCCCAGUGGAUAACCAGCCACCAUCCAUUGCAACUGGUGCAAGGUUUGUGGUGGAGGAGGGCUCCUCAGCAGCCCUUACCAUUAACCAUUUGUUUGCCACUGACCCUGACACCACUGCCGAUGACUUAGAGUUUGUCUUGGUUUCUCCUCCCCAGUUUGGUUACAUUGAAAAUAUACUGCCUUCUCCUGGGUUUGAGAAGAGCAACAUUGGUAUAAGCAUAGCUUCAUUUCAGCUGAAGCACCUGAAAGCCCAGAACAUAAACUAUGUACAAGCCAGGCACAUGCGAACGGAGCCAACGACAGACCACUUUGUACUUUAUGUCACCGAUGGGCUACAUCGCUCAGCAGAGACCCCAUUUUUUGUGUUGAUUAGCCCAACCAAUGAUGAAGUCCCAGAAUUCAUAGCAAGAAACAUCACUGUUCAAGAGGGUGAGAUGAAAGAGCUGGAUCUCUCUGUUAUCAAUGCAGUUGAUCUGGAUGUGCCUCAAGACCACUUGGUAUUUGGGGUUGUGCAGAAGCCCUUGCAUGGUUUCCUCAUUAAUGGAGUUCAUGGCCAUGAUACUCUACAUUACAAACAGUUAAUUCACCACCACAGGCAUGGCUUGCUUGUUCAUGAAUUUUCUAUGGACCUACUGAAGAAUGGAAUGAAGCUGAUGUACAUGCAUGACAAUUCUGAAAACCUCACUGACAGCUUUAAAAUCCAGCUCUCAGAUGGGAAACAUAAAGUCCUCAGAACCAUUUUUGUAAAGGUCAUCCCAGUUAAUGAUGAGAAACCAGUGCUGAGCAAGAAGGAUGAUAUAGAGGUGAACAUGGGCGAAACUCGAAUAAUUUCUAGUGCUGUUCUGUCAGCUGAAGAUAAAGAUACCCCCAGGGACAGAAUUUACUACUUAUUUGAAAGACUUCCAGAAAAUGGCCAGCUUCAGCUCAAGGUAGGCAAAGACUGGGUGACUCUCCAAACCAGCAUGAAGUGUACUCAGGAAGAACUGGAUAUGAACCUUGUAAGAUACGUCCAUACAGGAACUCUAGGGUCCAAGAACCAAGACUGGUUCACAUUUUAUCUGUGGGAUGGGUACAACAGAUCCCCAACAAUAGACUUCUACAUAAAUAUCAAGGACAUGGAAAAGGGAGACAUUGCUGUUUUCAUAAAACCUCUCAAAGUACCUAAAGGGGAUCGGGGUUACAUUACAACGGAUGUCCUGCUUGCACUGGAUGGUACUGACAAGCCAGAGGAGCUGCUGUAUGUGAUAACUUCUCCUCCACAGUAUGGACAAAUAGAGUAUGUCAGCCACCCUGGAAUCCCUAUAACAAGCUUCAGUCAAAUGGACGUAGCAAGACAAAUAGUCUGCUAUGUUCACAACACUAAGGCAGCUGUUCCAGAAGAUACACUGAGAUUCAUCAUCAGCAAUGGAUUGAGGACUAAGCAUGGGACAUUCAUGAUCUCCUUGGAGACAGUCGACCAAGCUUUGCCGACACUAUCUAGGAACACAGGGUUAAGAUUAGUGGAAGGUGCUAUGGUACUCCUUUCUCCUGAUGUCCUGCAGCUUUCAGAUCCAGACACAGCUAAUGAAGACCUUACCUUCCUCUUGGCUCAGCUCCCCCAAUAUGGUCAUCUCUAUUAUCGAGGGGUUGUGCUGCUACAGUACAAUUUCACUCAGAGAGAUGUGGACAACAUGGAUGUUGCAUACAAGCACCGAGGUGGGAAUUCCCAGAUUGACAGAUUUACAUUUGUUGCAACAGAUAGGACUAAUCAAGGCUUCAUCGUGAAUGGGAGGGUGCAGAUCGAGCCAGUGGCAUUCACCAUUCAGGUGGAUCAUACGGACAAAAUGGCGCCAAAAAUUAUUCACCUCCACUGCUGUACUGAUGUGGAACUGCUGAAGAAUGGUAAUUAUGGGAUCUAUAUUACUGCCAGGUCCCUGAAGGCAUCUGAUCCCAAUACAGAAGAUGACAAAAUAAUUUUUAAGAUUUUACGAGGUCCUCGUUAUGGCUACCUGGAAAAUGUAACAUCGGGUGGAUUUAUCCAUGAAGGGUUUAGCCAAAAGGAUGUAAAUAGCAAGAUUAUACUUUAUGUCAUCAAUCCAUUGUGGGAGAUGAAUUCAGACAACUUGGAGUUUCAGGUCACAGAUCCCAGUGGAAAUUCAGCAGUUCCCCAAAUGCUGGAGCUGCAGUGGUCUCGGAUUGAAAUGCAGCAGACUGAGUAUGAGGUGUGCGAGAAUGUGGGGAUGCUGUCCCUGAAAAUCACCAGGGCAGGACACUCUGCCGACUCUGCCUUCAUCGCGGUGAAGGUCAAUGAAAUAUCUGCAGUGCUGGGAAAGGACUUCACAGUGACACCCUCCAAACUUGUUCAGUUUGAUCCAGGAAUGUCAACCAAGAUGUGGAAUAUUGCAAUUACCCUUGAUGGAUUAGAGGAAGAUGAUGAAGUCUUUGAAGUAGUUCUGAACUCCCCUGUGAAUGCUGUUCUUGGCACCAGGACAAAAGCUGUAGUGAAAAUUUUGGACUCAAAAGGAGGUCAGUGCAGCUCUUUUCAUUCUUCUGGCCAAAGCAAGCAUGACUUCUGGAGGAGAGGCACGCUGUUUGCAGUUUCCUCAGGCUCCUCAUCACCUUCCAGGCCUGGCAGCGUUCACUUGGAAGGGAUCCCACCACCUCCUUCCAAAGGGAUGAGAGAGCACAGAGGGGACACACUCCAGGAGCACAGCUUGGUGAAUCAGUCAAGGACCAGGCUGAGAGUGAUAGGAAAUCGCAGAAUAGUUCAUCCUUCAUCUGUAUUUAGAAAUGGAACGGAUGUAUUUUUCAAAUAUCAUGGGAUGGUAUCACUCAAAAUGGAGGAUGAUACCUCAUCAGCUAAAGCAAACAAGAAGGCUGAAGUGUCAGUAAUUAAUCAAGCACAAACGCAGAUAAAUGUCGUCUCCUCUAGGAAGACAGAAAUCCCACAAGCUGAUAAGGCAGAACUGGCAUCUGAACCACGCUCAAGCCAUGAAGACUUCAACUCCUUUCCAAAGGCUUGUACACCAGAUUUGAAGGGGCUUUUGCAUUAUGAAGAAAGCACUCAGAAGUUAUUUCAGUGUGAUGGGAUAAUAUGGACAUUCUGGAGUUCCCAAAGCAAGGAGGUGAGCCCAAAAAAAUGUACCUCCGGAUGGAGUCAUCAUGAUGGGAACUGCUAUUUACUGGUAGUAAAUCACAAGGUCACCUGGAAUACUGCUGCUCGGGCUUGCAGAGAACAAUACCAGGGGAGUCUAGCAAGUGUGGCUAAUGAACAACACAUGCAGUGGCUGUGGGACUUCAGCGGGAGAAAGCCUUUUUGGAUAGGCUUGAACGACCAAGUCAAUCCUGGACAUUGGGAGUGGAAUGGAGGAGAACCUGUCACAUACAUUAACUGGAGAAGAGGCUUCUAUCACUUUCCAAAGAGAGGCAACAAUUGUGUAUUAGUGCAGAAGAGAGGAAAAUGGCAAGCAACUGACUGCAGGAAGGUCAAACGGAACAGCUAUGUAUGUUCUAGAAAGCUGUAAAGAAUGGAGGAUCCCUGUGAAAAAGCAUGUGGAUAUUCCUUUUGUUUCAGUCUAUUUAUCUGCAGGCAUGUGAUGGUAUUCAGACAGAAAACUGUCUUAAUUAUCACCGAGGUUUUAUUUUGUGUUGCCAGAGAUGCAGAUGCAUUGGAUUCCAAACAAGAAAUAGAGGUCAGUUGCAAACAGUAAGUCCAGGUCAAGGCUUUGAACUCUCCCCAGAAACUUUGAUCUCUUGCUUAUUCAUUUGUAUUUUCACACCAAAGAGCUAGGCCUAACCGCUUUCAUCAAAUUUCUGUGUAAACAUACCUUUGUUUACACAGAAAGAAAGAAAAAAGAAAGAAAGUAGCACAUCAGUUGAUUUGCUUCCCUCUUAAGGAGUGAUUAUGGAUUGGCUAUUGCUUUAAUACAUUUGCAAAAAAAACAGCAGUUUUACCCUGCAGUCACAGUGAAAGAAAUACUGUUUGGGGUGGAAGUGAGGGCAGACUCUGCUGGCUGAAAGCAGGUUAUCUUGUGUGAGGAAGGGUGAGACAUUUUGUCAGGAUACUUUUUGUACUUUGUAGUUUUUGUGUGGAUGCCCUAGUACAAUGUUCUACAAAAGAAUAGCAGUGAUAUGGUUUAGUGACAGAGUACCAACAUGAGCAAAAGCCUUGUAUUUCUUUUUCUAGUAUCCAAGAACAGCUUCAGAUCCUAAUGGAUCUGCUCACAUAGAACUGCACAUUGUUUGUCACUUCUGACUAAAAUUAUUCACUGUUUUUUAGAAUUGCAUGAUGUUGCUAUAAUUUUUACAGUAUAAUUAACUAACAGGACCUCUGCAAAUCUAAUGCUAUCUCAAAGGAUGAUUUACACACACAAAAAAAAUUAAUUCUGAAGCUUAAUUCCAGAAUAGUAUCAUGGGAUUCAGUGAUACAUGAACAUGAAUAGGAUUUAUAUGUGUAUAUAAGCCAAUGUAAUCGUGAGACAUACUUUGUACUAAAGCAGCUAUGGCUUUUGAAAAGUAUUAAUCUAAGUCCUUAUUAGGGAUUUGAGGUUUUAAAAAAUAAUUAUAAAAAAUCCAGAUUUAGUCCUGAGAAUAGCUUAAAAACAGCAUUUAAUAGGAAAAAAACAAAACAAAACAAGACCAAAAGCAAAAACAAAAACAAACAAAAAAAAACCAAACCACACAACAAAACAAAACAACAAAACAACAAAACCCAAACAGCUGCCCAUAACUUAAUUUUAACUUAUUAUACAUACAUGCCAUUGUCAUGUUACCACUUGGUAACAUUAUAGUAAAGUUAUUCCUGACAUGACAAAAAUCUUGUUUUAGGACCUCCUUACUGCCAGCCUUAAAAUUAAAAAAAGAAACAAGUCAUAAGCUUGCUAAAAAAUUAAAGCUUUUUUCAAACCCUCCCUCUGCCUGACAUGAGUGUAUGACAGGUGGUGUGGCAUCGAGUAUAAAGAAUUUACCAUGUACCAUAUGAACUCUCAGCCCUCCCAUCUGCCUGCCUGCCGCCAGCAGUUGUUUCUGUCCACGUCCCUUACAAGCUCAUCAAUUCGGCCAGACUCUUGAUCAAUUACAUUUGUGCACCAUUUGCACCUCUGCUCUUUCUAGGGCUCCUCAAAGUAAUUUCUCAGUCCUGUGAAGGAACAGAUGCAGCAGAAUCACCUCUCCUCUCUGUGCUGGAGGAACUGUUCCAGGGAUUAUUUAUCCUUCCUUGUUGCGUAUGAUGAGUUAGAACAGGCAUGUGAGUAGCAGGGCAGUCCUUCCAUGUAGGAGAGUACCUUUCUGAAGGGACUCUUGCACUCUUGCAGAUAAGCACAAGUGCCUUACAAGAUUAGAGGUAAAAUACUGUGGACAGAACCAUAUCAUAUUGUUGGUAUCAACAGAUACAACCAAACACACUUCCAUAAUUCGUUUUUGUCUUUAUGACCUUUAUGCCAAGCUUCUAGACACUUUUAUAGACACUAACACUUUUGCUUAAGAAGUUACCUAAACCAAAAUGAUAUAUAUGCUAAUUGUUUCAAGAAUACCCCCAAAACAAGUAGCCUCUGAGUACCUGUCCAGACCUGUUUUUAUUUCUUUGUAAUUAUAUAUAUAUAUAUAUAUUUCUUUUCACUGAAAACAAACAAAAACAAACAAACAAAAACCAAAACCCAUGGUGCAACAAAGCACACUUGAUAGCUACAGAUAUCAUGUUCUGUAAUUGCAGGGAAAAAUGAUUAAGAGAGGCUGUUAAACAUAAACAUAAAAUUUUAUUUAUUUAGGGCCUUCUUGUUAUAAAAACUACUGAGCUUAUUGGUACUAUCUUUACAAAACCUAUCAAGAUUAUUAAGUACCCCUCCUACUUACAUAAUGAAUGACCUUAACAGAGAGGGAAUUUUGGCCAUGGAGUUUGUUACUGGACCAAUAACUAAAAUAUGACUAGUGACUAUACCGAGACAGCACUGAUCUCGGAAGUUUGCUUGUGUGUGAAGAGUGGAAAAUACCCCUUUUCUGUACUUUACUUGAAGUACCUGAAAGCAAUUGAGGUGUUUCAAAUUUUCAGUACACCAUGGAUAGUUAGUUGUGCAAACUAUAUGCAUUUUCUGCUUUCAUGAGAUCUGAUACAAUAUACUAAUGAAGCCAAAAUUCUUACAUGAUUUUAAAAUGAAUUUUUUUCAGUGAUCUUUGCACUCUUUAUUAGGAUAUGUUCAAAAAAUAUUACAUAUUCAAAACAGGGAAAGCAAAAAUAUGUCACUUUUUCUGUUGCCAUAGGAAGUUGUUGUCUCUAAGAGUUUUAGUAAAGAAAAAGCCUAAAAUCCUGAGAAGUUACUGGGAACUUUUUCAGUCUUCAAUACAGCUUGAUUUAGACUCUGAAUAAACUUGGGAAACUGAGAAGCAUUCAAGGAUCAGUGUCAACAUGGAAUUUUGGGAGGCUGAAAGUCAUAUAAAUACUGAUGUUUACCUGUGGAUGUUCUGGAUGAGCACAAGUUUUAUUUUACCAGAACUACCCAUGUAUCUUUUAACAGCAACAGAAUCAACAGGUGACAGCUCACUGAAAACAAACAAACAAACAAAAACCACACAUGUUGUUAGCCCAGCUUUCUAAAAAGGGAAUGGUGAGCUGCUUGUGUGCCUGCUUCUUUUAACCACCUCCUCUCCCUGUCAGCUAUCUUUUUAAUUUGUUGACCAAGGAGAUGACUUGCAGAUGACAGCUGUGUAAAAAAAUGGUAGGCAACUUGCCACAGGAACACUUCUUCCAAAGCAGAAAAUUCUGACAUGAAUUCUUUUGAUAUUACACCGUUGAGAUCUUGCCAUGGGUGGAGACCUUUGAAGUAACCCAGUAACUGAUGCUAGUAAUAUGACCUCUUGUCGCUCCCCAGAUUCAGCCAAAUACAGGGAAAACAAGCUUCAAUAACUUAAGAACAAAUUGUAUUUGUGUGAGCAAGUGUGUUGUUACUAAUGUCCUAGAGAUCAAGUUUUAAUUUGGAAAAAAUCACUAAAGUUUUCGAGAUCUCUUCUGUACACACAGAAAUGUAAUGAAAGCAUUCUUUUUUCACUCAUUCUAAAACUACAAAAAUAGGCUUGAGGAAAUUAUAUAUAUAUAACUUAGCGAAUACUGUGAUUCUACUUUAUUUACAUCACAAGACUGGUGCUAACCUAUUUACUGUAUUCAGAACACUAUAUAUAUUGUUAUGCAUAGCUUUGUGUCAAUACAAAACUGAAACAUA